AUCACUAGGAACAUUCACUACCGAACCCAUACCACGUCUGCAAAGUUUGCUAUAACAUAUCCCUCUUCGUCUCUGUGGGGAUUUCUUUGUUCCUUUCCUGUCUGUCCCUCUCUCUUGUAGACUAACUUCCACACCUCGACCACCAUGCCACACCCCGAAGAGAAACCCAAGGGCGGAAGCAAGGCGCUCACCGAGUCGAGCCCGCUGAAAUGGCAGUCGGCGGGGCUGGCGGGGCCGCCGACGAUGGCGGACGUGAGGGGGACGGGGUCGGCGGAGCUGGGGAAGCGGUUCGCGCCGGCCAAGAAAGCCGCGAUGGACGGCCGGGAGGCGACGGUGACGGGUGCUGGGGGUGGAUCUGGGGGAACGUGGAGCUGCUGGACCGCGGGGAGCUGCAGCGCCGCGACGACACGGACUCCACCUCGUUCGCGCACAGCUUUUGUGCUGGCCGUCGGGGCGCGAGGGCGUCCGCGUCUACCCGGCGUGGCGGCGCGCGCGCACGCGACCAUCGCUUCGAUCAGUAUCUCGCGGACGGGCGGGUCGAGGCUGCGCUCGUGGGCCGAGGCACGGGCCUUCCUGGCGAGUUUUGGCAGGCUCUCUCGGUUCCAGAAGCAAUGGUCGCCGGAGUUGAAUAGUGCGUAUGCGGAGUGUUGUGGUAUUGAUCUGGACGAGAUCUGUGGGGAUGGACGGCCGGGGCUUCCGAUUGUCCCGGUUUACCGGCCCAGGGUACGGAUCUUCGAGAUCAACGACGUUCAGGUCGAGCAUAUUAGGAAGUGUACGUGGGACGGCGGCCCUCAGACGGGAUGA